UCUCUCCCCCUUUCCUCCAUUUUUGCAAGGGGAAAAAAAAGGAGAAGAGAAGAGGGGGGAGGGAAGCUUCGAGGCUUCGAGCCCUAGCAAUGGCGGGGUGGUACGAGGAGGCGGUGGGGCUGCUGCGGCGGCCGGCGGUGGCGGAGAUGGCGGUGGACGUGGUGCUCUGCGCGGUGCCGAUCUGGGCGGCCGUCAUGAUCGGGCUCGUCAUCGGCUGGGCCUGGCGGCCGCGCUGGACGGGGCUGCUCUACCUCGGCUUCCGCAGCCGCCUCCGCCUCCUGUACGUGCCCCCCGGCCUCGGCGCGCGCCGCCUCUGGCUCGCCUGCACCGCGCUCUCCGCCUUCUCCGUCGCGCCGCGGCUCCUCUCCACCGCCUUCGGCAGCCGUGGCAAGCACCAGCGCAAGGACGCCCCGGCCGACGACGCCGACGCCUCCCGGGACGACGCCGCCUGCGUCGAUGGCAGUAGAACAUUUUUUGAGGGCGGUCAUCAAGUUGUCACUGAGAAGGACCUAGAACACCUUGUACAACUUCUUGACAAUAAGGAGAGUGGGGAUACCACAUGGCAGCAUUUGAUGGAACGUACCACUUCAAACAUGACUUACAAGGCCUGGCGCCGUGAACCUGAGGUGGGACCUAUCACGUAUUGUAGUCGUACUGUUUUUGAAGAUGCUACUCCUGAACUGGUUAGAGAUUUCUUUUGGGAUGAUGAAUUUCGUCUGAGGUGGGAUCCCAUGCUUGCAUAUUCCAAAAUUUUGGAUGAGUUCCCUCAAAAUGGAACUAUGAUUAUUCACUGGAUAAAAAAGUUCCCUUUCUUUUGCAGUGACCGUGAAUACAUUUUUGGGCAGAGGAUAUGGGAAUCUGGGAAAACAUACUAUUGUGUUACAAAGGGAGUUCCUUAUCCAGCUUUGCCUAAGAAGGAAAAACCAAGGCGUGUUGAACUGUACUUCUCAAGUUGGCGUAUCAGAGCUGUUCCAUCACCCAAACAAGAUGGACAGCAAUCUGCAUGCGAAGUAACACUGGUCCACUACGAGGACAUGGGCAUCCCUAAAGAUGUCGCCAAGGUUGGUGUUCGGCAUGGCAUGUGGGGUGCUGUAAAAAAGUUCCAGUCCGGAUUUAGAGCAUACCAGCAGAUGAGAAAUACAGAGAACACCCUCUCUCGCAGCGCCGUCAUGGCUCGAGUAACCACCAAGACAUCUGUUGCUAGCUCCAGUUGCUCCCUGGAUCAGGAGCACUCUAGUGCCACCAAAACCAUAGAUGAGAAUGAAAAUUCCAGAGCAGUUCAACCAGGGUUGGACUGGAAAUGGGUGGUGUUCGGUGGCGCGGUGGCUGCAGUCUGCGUGCUCAACACUGGGCUCGUUGGGAAGGCCCUCCUGAUUGGAGCUGCCACAAGAAGGCAGGCAAAGAAGUGACACGCUACUGAUGAGCACCUGUCAGCUUCUGCAAGAAGGCCUUGAGCUCUCUUGCACUUCAGACUACUACAUGUUGCAAGUAGAGAGAGGUGAAGGGGAAAGAGGACAUAGAUGCUGUGCUCCAGGAGGCAUAUAAAUUAGCACGCUUAAUUUUGGAAUCUCGUAUUUACGCAGUAUCGCACAUGUGUGUCGCCAUAACAUAACAGAUCGUCGUCACUGGGCUAAUGUACCUGGAGAUCUAUCCAAUGGGGGGGGGUUAUCAAAAGGUUUUGCUGAUGUGCCUGAUGUUAAUGGCGGGCAAUCACAGAUAAAAGGUUCACUGUUGUAGAUGGUAAUCAGAACUACCGCCAUAGUUAUAUAGGAGUAUUUUUCUUCGUUUGUUAAUUGUUAUACACCAUAAUCUCAAUAAAUUCUCGCGGGUGAAAGGUUUACUUUUUCUGAUGUGUCUAAA